UGUUUUGAGAGUAAACUGGUAGUGCACAGUUCCUCAGUGUCUGGAGUCUUGUAAUGUAAUUGCAAGUGGUAGUCGAGCGGUACGAGCGGUAUAGUUUGGAAGUGGUUAAAAAAGUCUGUUGAAGUUUGUUAAUUUUCGCAGUGGUACUCGCAAGGGCUGACAAUAUGCCCAUGGCAAACAAAAACCUGGUGGAUCUCCACGUAUAUCUGGUACCGACUGAAGUAUGGAAUGAGAAAUACCACAGCGCCUACAACGAUGUUAUUAGUCAAACGAUCUCAGCUGGUUUUGUCAGAGUAUGGCCUGAGUUGAGUCUUUACUACCUACGGAAUCAAAUAAUUGACCAGCUGGGAUAUGACGUGUUACCGCCUGAAUACGUGUUUCUGAAAAGCGUUGGGAGAUGCCUCACUCAGGUGAAAACCAAACAAGAGUUUGAGUUGAAAGUCAAGAACUUCAUUCCACCACAGGUAACCCUCCCAGAACUGUUUGUUCUUGAGGCUAAAAGAGAUGACCUCAGUCUCGCAUCGUUUGAGUCUCAGUCUGAGCAAGACUCGCAUCGGAGUAACCAUGACAGAAUGGACAUCAUUGGAGCAACAAGGCCAUCUAAUGUUGGUGUCCAGCAUGCCCCGGACACCAGCCGGACAGCCCAACAAACUAACCACCUACAAGACAUCUCCAUGGAAACGCCCUCGCCCAAUCAGAGUCCCCGUUCCAUCCUGAAACACCACCCCAACCAAUCAUCUCACUCCUUCCAAAGUGCUAACAUGAAUCCCAGUCCUUCUAGUAGCUUAGUCAAUUCGGCGAUUGACUCUCCUUACAACACACCACAGUCUUCUUCAAGGCUGCCCCGAUUAGUAACCCAAGCCUCACAGACACACCCCACAGCUCAUUUCAACCCCAAAACACCCUCACGAAACCCCUCCUCGCACCUGCAAACCGGAUCCCAAAUGGGAUUGGGGUCACCUCAAAAGAGCCCCCUGUCACCCCGCCACCAACCCCUCACCCCGUUACCUGCUCGUCUUACCCAGUUAUCAGACCCAGACUCCAGUCCGAACUCCUCCAACAAUAGUGCUGGUAGUGGCGGUCGAGCGUCCACCCUUAUUCUUCCUCCUAGUCUCGUUACUAACCAACACUCUAACCCACAGCAUCGCCAUGUUUCGUCCUCCGUCAUCUCCAACUCUUUCUCUCCAUUCACUGACACUCAUUCCUCUCCAGCUAAUGUUCACUUUAACCAGACGGAAUCGCCCGGUUCAGAUAACUGGGCGAUUACGCAACCUUCUAGGGCAUCUCAGCACCAAUCAUCACAAACGUGUGAAACCCCCUUCCAAACCCCAAAUAUUACCCCAGGUGGUGUGCCCCCAUUGCCUCUGCAACAUCUUGAGCCUAGAAAAGGCGUAGACCCAGCAUCACCUCUGAAGUCUUGGCGUCCAGACACAUACACCAACAACACCAAUGAGGAUUCUGGCAUUGCUGAGUUGGAGUACGGUCGGCAAGGAAGUAACUCACUAGACGGGAAUGACAAGGAUGGUAAACCCCAGGGACGAGGAACGUUCUUAAUCAACUCGAGAGAAGGACCGGAGGGAGGCAGAGCACAGCAAUCGCGGCAUGACAAAAAACGCCAUCAGCACCUCGAGGACGGCACACCUCUGCCGUCAAACACAGCAGCACAAGACCAAGAAAGGCAGCGCCAAGCAGAGGCGAGGGAGAAGCAGCAACAAGACAGGGAAAAGAAGAUCAAAGAGGAUGCGGCGAGAGAGCAGGAGCACAAGGAGAGACAGCUUGAGAAGGAGAAUCAACGGCUGAUGGAGAAACGGAAAAAGGAAAAAGAGGACGAGGAAGAAAGACAGAGACUUUUUAAAGCUCGCCAGCAUGAGAUUGAGAAACGGCGACAGCAGCAGGCGGAGGCCAAGCGUCUUAAGGAAGAGGACGAAGAGAGGGAGAUGGAGGAAGAGAUUAGGAAGCGACAGGCGGACGAGCUGAAGCAAAGCAGACAGAAGUCUCAUCAGGACGCCAAGAGGAAGGAGAGGGAACAGUUCACUCCUCAUAGUCAGAGAGACGGCGGGAGUCAUCAGCAGAAGGAACAGUACGAUGCGUACGCUAAGGACUUCAUCAAGAAGGAAGAGCAGUUUGGAGGCAACACAAGACAAUCAAACAGGACUCGUGAUGAAGGAGUAUCGUUGGCUGAUGAGACGGGAGGCAGUCCAGGCAACGAUGGAAGUUUGGGGAGUGCUGGUGCCUCAUCAGACGGAGGUCAAGGUCCCUCUGGGGUUUCAAGAGCCAUAUUUGACUCUGAAGGUGAGAGGAUACUUGCCCAGGUACAAGAAAUGCAGGACAGGAGGUAUCUUCUGGAAAGUGAACGUGAGGAGCUCAUGAGGUUUGCCAAGACGCUUCAGUCACGGAUGAUCGAUCGUCGGAACAAAGAUGAAGACGGUGGGGAGUCCGGUGGUGGCACGAUGCGACCAGUGAGAGAUUUGUGGAAGAAGAGAUACUUUGAGGAGAAGAAGAAGACCAACCCACUAGAGGAGCAAGUGAACAGGCUCCGUGGUCAGCUGGAUCAGCAACACAGGAAACUACUCAGCCAUCUGGAAGGAAGAGGAGCCUACCAGAAAGGAGCUCCAAGAAUAAAUGCACCGCCAUCAAAGAAGAAUGACCACAAGAUUUUGAUCAUCAAGACAAAGCACUCUAUAGAGGAUUUAAGGAGGCGAGUGGAGAACUCUAAGAUGAAACUCACCUCAGAAAUUAAGUUGCGUAACCAAGCAGAGACGGAGCUGCGAAAUCUGAGGUCGGAGGUCAUUCAGCGCAAAAUCAAUGUCACCAUAAGUACCUCUAAAAGUAAACUCCAAAACACCAUUGGAAGGGAUGAAGCGCAGCCGUCACGCAACAUGGCAACUCGGGCCACAGGUGUGUCGAUCACACCCCACGGAAGCCAAAAGAGGGGGGUCAAAUUCUAAACAGGGUUUUUCUGGUAUGAAUAGUGUGUAAAAAUGGAGAACAGGCUAGUGUGCAAUGAGCAGUGAUGAAUUACUGAGUAAUAGAAGGAUUUAUGGCGAAUGAUGUACUGUUUUUGUCUUGGAUUUGUUGAGGAAUAUUUCCUACAAACCAUGAAGUUGUGGCCCGAUUUGGUAAUCGAUAAUUACGAUUACAUUUAAAUGGUAUAAACAAACAUGUUACAAACAGGUUUAAAUAUCAUUGCCGUCAAAAACAAAUUUGCUCAAGUACUUUUUUAAUACUGACCUGAAGUAGUGAAAAGUAUUCCAAGUAAAUGUCCAUGGCUUGCGUGUUUCUGGGGAGUGAAAGGAGUGUGUGUAUAAUUGCUGCAGAAAACCAUGGAUUUGUGGUGAUUUUUUGUUGUCGAUGGAUGUAGUUUAGAAUGUGAAAAGUACUCAUUAGCUGGGUUAGUGAGUGAACUGGAAACUCUAAUUUGGAAUUGUCAACCUUUCGGAAAUACAUGUUUGUUUUCACAAAAUUGGCAAUUCGUAAACAUUUAAUGAAACUGAAUUAUCUUUGAAAUGACGCUCAUUAUUUUCAAUUUACUUUUAGUUCGAUAAAAACAAAUUGCUUCAUUUUAAUGUUUUAUGUAAUUCGUAAAAUAACAAAAUUUCUCUUUGAAAAUUUCAUUAAAUUAUUUUUAAGUAAUUAGUAAUAGUGCAAAAAGUUAAUUGCAUGUGGAAAUUGAAAUGUGCUCUAUAAUGGCAAUAUAUUGUGUAUCUAUAAUUGUACAAUACUGUAAUUUACUUAAUCAAACCUCAUUUAGCAGAACAUGCACUUUUUUAAGUUAAGAUUGUACAGUAUAUAUAUUUUAAUUUAUUCAUCCAGUGCUCACUAUAAAUUGAAUACGUGCGCUUAUUGAGUUUUGUAUUAUAUGUUACUCUAGUUAGGUUGAUGAAUGCGUAUUUUUUUUUAUUAAUAGGAAAAGUAAAGACGACUAUUGUCAAACAUUUUGUGGUUUUGGGGGAGUCUCAGUGGCAGCAUACUGUCUUGGUAAAUCGAUUGAAAUUUGGUGGAAUAUUGCAUGGUCCCAACUUUCAUGAAAGCUGUUGAGCAGAAGGUGCUGAUUUAGCACAUUUCUUUACUUAGCAAAAAGUGAGUGGCGAAUCAGUUGCAACAAUAAAAAUAAUUUUGGCUGUAACAGGUUCUGUCAAGCAAGAUUUUUUUUGGUCUUAGUAAAUUUGUUUGCUUACAGGCUUUAUGAAAAAAGCUCUGUUAGGCUACAGCUACGACUGUUGCUAUUGGUUUGGUAAGGAUGUAUUGUAUUUCAAUGCAUUUCUGACGCAGCAAUCAAGUCGUAACUAUCUAUAGCCAUCACUUUAGACAAAGCCCAUGUGGGUUGCCAAGUCCCCUAUUGACAAAAUGCUUGCAUCAGGGUGGUGGAUGAAGUUAUCAUUUGAAUUAUGAGAUCUACUCCUUUUACAUAGCACCAUGUAAUGGUUUACAGGGUGCUGUGGCGCAAUAUGCA